UUUUUUGUGAAUAACAAUUCAUAGCCGCUGCCUGUUAUGUCAUAUGGCAUUUACGUUUUAUUUUUAUAAUUAGAAAUAAAAAUAACGAAAUAAUGUGCAAUUGUCACAAAACAUUUUUUAUUUUCAAAUAAACAAAGCGAACUGUCAGAUUAUGUAUCAAUUUUUCAAUCAUGUGAGAACGAAGGCUAAUUUUUCGGGACAAGCUAAACGUUAUUGUGGCAGUCAAAGAAAGCCCACUCAUUAUGAUAUCCUGGGAAUAACAAAAGAUGCAACAAAAAAAGACAUCCGGUCGGCAUUUAUUAAGUUAUCAAAAAAAAUACAUCCAGAUAAAAGUAACGAAACAUCAACAAAAAGUCACAACGAUUUUAUAAAAAUAAGCGAAGCGUACAAUGUGUUAAGUAAAGAUUAUUCUCGUCAGCAAUAUGACUUACAUUUGAAAUAUUAUUCCUACGAAUCAUCGCCAAAUUCUUACAAUCACUAUUACAAUUCAAAUUCAAAUUCACGAACUAAUGAUGGCUAUAACACCUAUCGCUCAAAUGCUUAUUAUCGCGAUUUUUCAUUUUACCAAGACAUCAAUAAUAUAAGAUCAAGACGAAGAAGUGGAACUUAUAAUGAAACUGCAAAUAAAAAUCUUAAAUCUCAAGCUGUUAUUUUUUGCAUCGUAUUAUCAAUUAUUGGUUCAAUUUUACAAUUCGCGGCCAUAACAAGAUCUCCAGUAUUUAAUCGUGAAGAUCUGGUUAAACGCUCGGAAAUGUACUACGAAAACUAUCAUAAUGUUCGUCGACAAGCAAUUCCGAAGGAAGAUGCCGAGCAGAUGUUUGAAAAACUCAAAAAAGAAGAUAUCGAUGAACUUAAAUGGUGAUAAAUUUAUAAAUAAUAGUUACUAAUUAUAACAUUAAUGCAAUAUAUAAAUAAAAAAAUGUGUAAAUUGUAUGUAAAUAAAUACAAAUACUUAAAUAUU